UAUAUAUAAAACUAAAAAGAAAACAAUCCCCCGGCCUUCUUUGAUCGCUGCCUGCUACCGUUCCAUCUCUUUCACCGCUCGUCUCCGUGCCGCCAUUUCAGCUCCGCCGUCGGCUUCUCACGGCGUCUGAUCUUCUCCGCACUGCCAUCUCCACGCAAUCGAUACCCCACCGCGACCGCUCGGCGCCGUGCCUCCAUCCCACUGAGGUAGGUUUGGGUGUCUCUGGGAUUUAACCUGUCAUUGGAAGCAGGUCACUGUCAUAGGAGUGGAAGCGGAUUGUUCUGAGUUGAACCAUGAGAGUUCAGAUCCAUGAAGCGAAUUCCUCCUUGAAACUGAUCUUCUUUGGCGGGAAAACUCUCAACUCACCACUUCACCUCCUUAACAAAAACAUAAACUUUCCAACCAUGGGUCACCGUAAUCUAAAGAUAAAGUGCAGUGUUCGCUUUCGCCCUUGUAUUGAUAUACACAAGGGAAAAGUAAAGCAGAUUGUUGGAUCCACUCUUCAAGACACGAAAGACGAAAAUGCAAGUCUUGUAACCAAUUUCAUAUCUGAUAAGUUGGCUGCAGAAUAUGCUAAGAUUUAUAAAGAUGAUGGGCUCCCAGGCGGUCAUGUAAUCAUGCUUGGAGCUGACCCGCUGAGCCAAUCAGCAGCAAUUGAAGCCAUAUGUGCUUAUCCUGGUGGCUUGCAAGUUGGAGGCGGUAUCGAUUCAAACAAUGCAGCCAGUUACAUAGAAGCCGGAGCAAGCCAUGUCAUCGUUACCUCUUAUGUAUUCAAGAAUGGGAAAAUGGACACUGACAGACUAAAGAAGCUUUCUCAAGUUGUUGGAAAGCAGAGACUUGUUUUAGAUCUCAGUUGCCGUAAGAAGGAGGGUAAGUAUGUAAUUGUCACAGAUAGAUGGCAGAAGUUUAGUGAUGUACAUCUAAAUCAGGAAGUUCUGAAUUUUCUUGCCCAGUAUGCGGAUGAAUUUUUAGUCCAUGGAGUUGACGUUGAAGGAAAGAAGCUGGGAAUAGAUGAAGAGCUAGUGGCACUGCUUGGCAAGUAUUCCCCUAUUCCAAUCACAUAUGCUGGCGGCGUAACUGAAAUAGCGGAUUUGGAGCGGAUAAAGAUAGCAGGGAUGGAUCGUGUGGAUGUUACAGUGGGAAGUGCUUUAGACAUAUUUGGUGGAAACAUGGCAUACCAAGAUGUUGUGACUUGGCACAGACAGCAGGAACAUUUGGCAGCUUAACGGCUGGGAGGGGGGUUGGCCCACCUCAGAGCAAACCGAGUGAGCACCCCAAUUCAAUGAUGUCGGCAGAGCUCUUGGCGCCUUGGCAGGGUCUGUGGCGACAUUAUCUCACAACACCGCCUCUUGUCGUCUGUUGACUAGUCCUCGGUAUAACUCGUCUUAUUGCUCUUAUAUACGGACUACAGACUAUAUGUUAUUGAGAUUUAAUACUACUAUGAAACAAUUGAACUGAUAAUAUGAAUAUCCAAAAUCUACAUGCUAGUUUGUAUCCAUAUUUCUGGUAGCUAGUUUUGUAUGGACGACUUGUAUUGUACUUAUUCA